AUGCAGGAGGUCCUUGUCCUAGCUGGACUUAAAACCUCAACAGAAGUCUCCUACCACAGAGUUGUGCAAGCUAGGAUCAGGUCUGCUCCUGCUGCCCGUUCUUCCCCUGCUGCCCCUAAGCUUGGGACACCGACAACUGCCAGCAAGACAUCGACAGCCGCAUCCAAGCCAACUACUGCUGCACCCAAGACACCAUCUACUACUGCUAAACCUUCUCCUGCUAAAACCACAGUGCCCUCUGCUGGCCGCACACCCACUCCUAAGACCACAACACCUGUCAAGAAAGAUGUCAGUAAGCAGCCAUCUACUCCAGCGGCCAAGAAGCCCACUUCUUCUCCACUUACCCGGCCAGCACCAACCAAGACCACCAAGUCUGACACCCCUAAGUCAGCCUCCACUGUCAAGGCAGAAUCAGCCUCAAAAAAACCCACCACCCCUAGCAAGGUUGCAGACGUUAAGACUAGUAAACCCAAGGAGAGCAAAGCAACACCUUCCAAGGAGGUUAGCGCAAGCCCCAAGACCACAGGCAGCAAGCCCAGCACUAAGACAAGCAGCCCAAAGAAGUCAGUUGGCAGUAGCACUCCAAUGCCAUUGAAGGGUGGCCCAAAAGCCUCCCAGCCUGUAGACGCAGCAGCCACAGAGGCUGAGAAAAAGGAUGUGGUACCAGCUGUGGUUGCAGCCACUACUGCAGCUGCUGCUGUUGUUUCUGUGGUGACCUCUGAGGCAGCACCUGAAGAAUCAGCUACAGCUUUUGUUCCUGCUCCCACUGAAGAGGCACCUGAGGACUUGUUUACCCAGGUCAAUCCUGCUGCCUCUGAGGUGAAAUUAGAAGCCUCAUUUACAACUCUAAUUCCUGCUUCCUCUGAGGACCUUAAAGAGGAUUCUAAAGAAAUGGCCACACAUGUCACUGCUCCUAUCACUAUUGAAGAACCUGAAGACAAAGUUACACCUGUCAUUUCUCAUGUCGUUGAGGAAACACCUGAAGACUCUGUUACACCUUUCAGACCUGAAGAAACACCUGAAGACACAACUAUGUCUGUCAUUCUCCCGACCUCUGAUAAGGUACAAGAGGAAUCUGUUUCACCUGUAAUUUCUCCUGAAGAAACAUCUGAAGAAGUAACUACACCUGUCAUUCCUCCUACCUCUUAUGAGGCAAGAGAAGAAACUGUUCCACCUGUCAUUCCUUCUGAAGAAACACCUGAGGACGUAACUACAUCUCUCAUUCCUCCUACCUCUUAUGAGGCACGAGAAGAAACUGUUUCACCUGUCAUUCCUUCUGAAGUAACACCUGAAGACGUAACUACAUCUGUCAUUCCUCCUACCUCUUAUGAGGCACGAGAAGAAACUGUUUCACCUGUCAUUCCUUCUGAAGUAACACCUGAAGACGUAACUACAUCUGUCAUUCCUCCUACCUCUUAUGAGGCACGAGAAGAAACUGUUUCACCUGUCAUUCCUUCUGAAGUAACACCUGAAGACGUAACUACAUCUGUCAUUCCUCCUACCUCUUAUGAGGCACGAGAAGAAACUGUUUCACCUGUCAUUCCUUCUGAAGAAACACCUGAAGACGUAACUACAUCUGUCAUUCCUCCUACCUCUUAUGAGGCACGAGAAGAAACUGUUUCACCUGUCAUUCCUUGUGAAGAAACACCUGAAGAUGUAACUACAUCUGUCAUUCCACCUACCACUUAUGAGGCACGAGAAGAAACUAUUUCACCUGUCAUUCCUUGUGAAGAAACACCUGAAGACAUAACUACAUCUGUCAUUCCACCUACCACUUAUGAGGCACGAGAAACUGUUUCACCUAUAAUUUCUGCUGCUUUUGAAGAAACACCUGAAGAUGUAACUACAGCUGUCAUUCCCCCUACCUCUUACGAGGCACCUGAAGAGUCCAUUUCACCUGUCAUUUCUCCUGCCUCUGAUGAAAUACCUAAAGAAACAACUGCAUCUGUCAUUCCCCCUACCUCUUAUGAGGCACCUGUAGAAAACGCUUCACCAGUCAUUUCUCCAGCCUUUGAAGAGGAACCUGAAGACACUGUUACACCCGUUAUUUCUCCUACUUCUGAUGAGGUGAAACUUGUCUAUCCCCAGGACGUCCCCCAGAGGAUGGACACUUAUAAAGAUGACAGUUCCAUGUCUCAGCUUGUUGCUGAAGUAGACUCGGUCAGUCUGGAGGAGCCAAUGCCUGCUGUGUCUCCCCUGGGGACCACAGUACUGUCACCACCAUCCUCUCCUACCAGCCCACUAUCCAUGCCAGUCGAGCUCCCAAGCUCAGCUCCCUUCCUGGGCUUGCAGGGUCCAGCUGAACCAUGGGCACAGAGCUCUUCACUGUACCCCAGUUCUGUGACCACAGAGAAUGAGGAGCAGGAUGAGGAAAGACAGCACGAUGAAGAAAGUGAGCAGGAUGAUGAAAAAGAUCAGGAUGACAUACAGAUGCCCUCUGCAGCUGAGAAUGUGAUCAAAGACUUUGAUCUGAUGGGCUCUACUGGUGGGGAUCACAUCAAAAAUGCAGCUCCUGUCUCCCCCUUGCAAGAACGAGAAGAAGCGGUGGAGAAAGCUGAAGAAGAGAUUAAUGAAGACGAUGAAGAGGAAGAGGAGGAGGAGGAGGAGGAUGAGGUAAAAGAGAUUGGAAUAAAGGAAUCAGUUCCCCAAACAGAGAAAGAAGUUGACCUUAAAAAGGGGGUAGCAGAUUUUGCCAGCUCUGAUUGGGGUAUGAUGCAAUCAGAUGACAUGUACAGCAGUAAUAAACAUGACUCAGAAGUGACAUCUCCUUUUAAUGCUGAAGACAGCUGCAGUGCGAAAGAGAGAGUUGACUUUAUCAUGACUGAGGCAGACAGGGAUCAGCCAUUCACAGGGCCUCCUGGAAUCCAGUCAUUUGGUAGUGAAGAUGAGGAAGAGGAUGAAGAAGAAGAGCAUCUGAAGGAAGACAUGGAUCUAGCAUUAGAGCAUGAUGAUGAACAUCAAAAACAACAGAAAAACAUGGAGGAAGAAGAUGAAGAUGUAGAGAUGGUCCACAGGGGCAUGGAUGAGAGUGCACUUGAGGUUAGCAGAAAUUAUGGUAACAAAGAUGAAGAUGAAGAUGACGAUGAAUACAGAGAGGAGAGUCAUCUAGAUCUUAACAGCAUGGGUCACACUGCUCCAGUAACAACUAUGCCUUUGACAACAGCAUGGAGUAAUUCCAAUCCAUUCUCUGAUUCCUGGGCCCAGCCUUCUUCCAUCCUGUCUGAAUCAAACCUGUCAGCUUCAAGAGUUCAAGAUCCAGACACACUUACCAAAAUCCAAGCCGAUCCAGACACAACCACCACAUUCUUAGCAGAACCAGAUACACCCCCCAGAUCCCCAGCUGAGGGUUUUCUGGACAUGAGUCCACCCCUGAUUCAGGCCUCCGAACCUCAGCCUGACCUCCAAGAGGAGAUUGGGAGCUCAGUCCCAGUGGAGUCAGGUAUCUUGGCUCCUCCUGCCAUUGGAAUGUCCCAGUCCAGCACUCUCAGUGGAACAGCCCUGGCUGCCCAUAGCAGCAGUGAGACCAGCACACCUGAAGAGCUUCGAGAUUAUGAUAGCAGCUCAGGUGUAGAAUCCCGAUCAGACAAGCAGCAGACGCCAGUCCCUGCCAUGCAAACAGACAUAGAGCAGGACCUAGGUAUUCACCUUGAGCGAGGUGAUGGGGAGGAGGAAGAGGCAGAAACACUGCCGGCCGAUGAAGUACUGGGUGAUGCCGCAACAGCACCAGCCUCUGUACCAUCAUCACCAUCAACUUCUGGUGAUGAGGCCAGUGAUACAGAGGGUGAGAUGCAAAUCAAUGAUCCUGAUGUUGCGGUUGAUGACAACGCCACAGAUCCUCACAACCUCGCGGCCCUGGAAGAAGAUGAGGAGGCUCCUGAACGUACUGGAGAGGAAGAUGGUGGUACGCCUCAGUCAGCCAACUCUGUGGCCUCCUACGGUUUUGACUGUUCUGCGUCCAUCUCCAAUGCCCACUCUAUGGCUGAGAGCUGUGGAAAGAGUCCAGGCAUCUUUAGCCUGGAAAAUGAAGAGCAGCUUCCGGAAGAGGCCAAGGAUCCCUCUUUCAUCAAGGAGCUCACCCUGCCAGCAGCUACCGCCUACAGUGAUGACUUGUUGGGCUGCCCAGUGGAUUUGCUGCCUAUCAGCGAGCCCACAGAGAGGGAUGCUGGGUUUGACGAGCACUACAUGCUGUGCAGUAAGACAGACCCAGGCGCUAUUGAGGAAAUGGAUCCUGAGUCCCCCAUGCAUCUCUCACCCCAACAUGGGGACGAUUCUGAUGGCCAGCCACCGUACUACUCUGCUAUAUGUGAUAAGACUGAUAACUUUUUGGCAGGUAACGUAUAAAGUCCCUCUUUUGGAAUGCACCUUGUCCACCCCAAACCCCACACUCCUACCCUGUCUCCUUCAUUCCUUCCAAAUGUGGGGUUGAAAUAAAUAGAAAUAUGUGAUAGAAGGGGGAAAGAAAAGGGGAGCCAUUAGGUGAGGGAUUAUAGCUUUGCCUGAGCUGCUCUCUGUUCUUCGAUUACCACGGUGAUGGUUAUGAUUGUAUGGCUUAAACUUCUGUAUGUACAGUAGCUAUUCUCAUUUUCUAUUAGAAUGUACUUUUUAAAUAACACUGCGUUUCAUGGCACCCCUGACCCUGCAAUGUUAGACUAAGUUAAGUUGAUGUUCUUUAAUGAAAGGACAAAAAUGCAAAAAAAAAAAAAAAAAAAAAAAAAUUAUAAUAAUAAACACUCUUGGUGGACUCCAACUACCUUUGUAUUUAUCCUACUGUUUUUACCAAUCAAAUGUCAAUUUUUUUAUACUUUGUUUUUUGUUUCUUCUUGUUUUUAUUUUAUUUGUUAAGAUCCCUGUCUUACCUUAAUGUUUGUACACACAUCAGUUUUCCUGCACUGUAAAAGUAACUUCACUGUCUUUUGAAACUUAUUUCAGCUUUCUCUUUUAAAACGUGUUCCAGCACUAACUGUUUUAGCAUUAAAUACAGGUUAGAUAUUCUUCAGAAGCUUUUCACGCUCACAGUGUUUGACAUAGGGAGGUGAAUGAGUGUUAGAUGGCAGGUCAUGCUUCAUUUUUGGUUGUCUUUUAUUAGUUUUGAGCUACUGCUGCACAUUUUUGUGAAGGAUAACAUAGAUUCUCAUUGGCACGUAACUUAAAUGUUUUAAAGUACUGGGCUCAGAUUGACAUGAAUUCUUUCAUUUACAGUUGUUAAACAUUUGUUUUUCGGAACAGACUAUUUCUGUUUAUGGAAAUUGAAGUGUUUUCCUGCAUUUGUAAAUCUUAAAAUGAUGCUCGCAGGUCAGUUUACUGUGAGUACCGGGACAUUUCUACAAGAAUUGGAAGUGCAUGUGCAACUACUUAAGAAAUUGUUAUAAUCUUGCUAUGAAUCCAGUCAUGGACAUUAAUGAUUCACAAUAACUAAAAGGUUUUUUUCCCAAAAUUCCAUUAAACAUCAUUGCAAGGC